GAAGAUUUAGGGUUCUUGAGAGAGCUGUUGGAUGGAUGAUGCGGGCGGGCGCCAGGAGUGACAGCUUCGGUGCGAGCAAGGCCGGUGGAAUCCACUGCGUGCUCACAUUUUAGGCCAGCGAUUCGCGGAGCUGCGUCACAAGGACGAUCUGGUAUGUGGCGAACCUCGAUUUGAUCAAUGUGGAUGAACUGUAGGUGAUAUACCGGGCGGCAAUUGGUGGACGGCAAGGUUUUGUCUCGAUCGCUUCGAGGAAAUAAAAAAUCUAGAGCUUUGCAAGAGUGAUCGUCCUGUUUUGGCAGGUUCUUUACACGAUUCGUCUCUACAGUGUGUGUGAUUACUCGAAAGAAGUUCCUCGAGUGCCGAGGCGUGGAUCACAGCGUUUUUGCUUGCAGUGGGAAAGCCAGCUCUAUCUUGUUUGGACUCAUGGCCUUCCACUGAAAGCUUCAGACGAGGCAAGGAUCCUGGAGCAUGAAGCGUCUCAGGACAAUUGGAAAGGUGGCACCUGUGGUGGAGCCCGGAACUCCAGAAGCUUUUCCAGAUCCGCCGAAAUGGAGACUUGUUCGCUGUGAGAAUGGCCUGAGGUUCUUUAAGGAGAUGUGUAGGGGGUCCAAGGUCUCUGUGAUGAAGGCUGUCGGAGUUGUGAAAGGCCAAGCGGACCUUAUUUUUGAUGAGAUCAUGAACUAUGGACCCGAGCGAUUCCAAUGGGAUCACACCGUUGAAACAGCGUCGAUUGUGGAAGUUAUAGACGACCAUUCCGAUGUUCUUCAUGUUUGCUUGACGCAAGAUUGGCGGUAUUUGAGCCCGAGAGACUUUUGCAUUUCGCGCUACUGGAAGCGUGAGGACAAUGGAGCAUACACUAUCUUUUACAGGUCAGUGGAUAGGAAGGCAACUGAGCCUGGACAUGUUCGUGCCACAAUACAUAGUGGAGGCUAUAUGAUCACCCCAUUGACGCCUUCAAAGUGUAUGGUGGAGAGCGUGUUUGAAAUAGACGCUGGUGGCUGGCCUGGCUGCAUAACUUCCAGUUAUGGUAUCCACCUUAGAGACAAUCUCUUGAGCGUUAUUGCGGGUGUAAGAGACUACUUUGCUGCGCACCGAAUGAAUUCAACACAGUCCAAUAUGAUGCCAAGGCCCCGAGAAAAUUCAAUCGUUGUAACGGAAGAACCAGUCGCUGCCAGCAAUAUUCCUCAACGUAUUGCUUCCACACCAUUCCUCGGGUCGUCGGAUAUGGAGGAUUUUUUUGAUGCACGCGCGGACCAAUUUUCAGACACAGAGAGUCAUAGCGAUGUAUCAGACGAAAGGCUUCGAAAUGCCAAAGCAUACAAUGGCCACAGCGAUGGUUUGCAAAAGUGGUGCUCUUUCUCGGGAACGCUGUCCCGCGGAGUUGGCCGCAAUUCAGUGUCCGAGCCCGACAGCAGCUUGUUCAAACUUCGAGGAAAAAGAUACCUGAGAGAUGGUUUGCUGGUUGCAGCGGAAGAACCGAUUUUUAAGCUUGUUGCGGCAGACUGGUACAAAAGCAAGGACAAACUAGACAAUGUCUCCUGUUUACGGGGCAUUUCAGAGAAACAGAGCAAGGACGCCUUUUUCUUUACGUUCAACUUGCAGGUUCCUCACUCUGGUCACUACUACAGCCUGGUUUUCUACUUCGCAACACGUACGAAGAUACUGGAAGGGUCGCUGCUGCAUCAGUUUAUACACAAAGAUGACAACUUCCGGAAUCAACGCCUUCUUCUGCUGCCCUCAGUUCCCGAGGGCUCUUGGAUUGUGAGGCAAGCCGUGGGAUCGAGAGCCGUGGUACUCGGCCAGAUCCUGGACUGCAGCUAUCACAAAGGCAAAAACUACAUCGAGGUGGAUGUGAAUAUGGGAUCGUCGGGAAUAGUCCGUGGAGUGAUGAGCAUCGUUUUUGGGUACAUAUCCGCGUUGGUUGUAGAUAUGGGAUUCUCGUUGAGGGCCGAAAGUGAGAGCGAGCUACCAGAAGAAUUGCUUGGCGCAGUGCGGUGUUUUAGAUUAGAUCUUUCCACCGCCGCCAACUUAGAACGAUGAAAGUAAGCCUUUGAAUCGACGAUUUUUUCUUCUUU